AUGGCUUCAGCGUCGUCAGCGUCAGCGUCCCAUGACACAUCCCAAGCCUCCCAAGCACCUGGUGCCAGUGGAGCCAGUGGAGCCAGUGAAGCCAGUGGACCAUGGGCCUUGGCGUUGACCAGUGCCCUUGACUGGGCCAAGGAGCCAAGAGAAGCUGAAUCAGCGCAGCGGACACCGCCGAGGUCGAGUCGAAAGAGACGUGAUGAGCCUGUAGGCCAUUACGAUGUUUUGGGCAUUGCUCGCGCAGCAAGCAACGUGGAAAUUCGUGUGGCAUAUCGCAAGGGAGCAUUGCAAACGCAUCCAGAUAAAGGUGGAGACCCAGAGGAGUUCAAAAAGCUCGUGGCCGCCUUCGAAGUCCUCUCUGAUCUCAAGAAACGAGGAGACUACGACCAAGUGCUGCAGCAGACAGCUAGCCGGGAUGGCUUGGGUGCCAGCCAGUCACAAGCUGAGGUCCACCAGGUGGGUCCCAGUAGAUCCAAAGUCCUUCAGGGUGAAGCACGUAUCAUGGAACUGGACUUGAUCUCCACAGCACUGAAGCAGGGCUCGAACGCUUGGGCUUCAUCGCUGGAGGUUGCGAGCUCAGAAGUUCUCCAAAUGUUGGCUGCCCAACUGGCACCCAACAGCAGGAAGAAGGUGCCAGCUGAGGCAGCUGAGGAUGAUGUGGAAGGACCUCCGCGGAAAGUAGAAGCUCCAGAGGGUCUACCACCAGGCUGGGAAUGCUUUGAGCAGACCUACAAGUCAGGAGUGCUGAAGGGCAGAAAGUACUAUCGCUUUGCGAGUCCUUGGGGUGCAAAGGGCUUUAUGUCCGUGAAGGCGGCUGUCCGCGCGGAUGCGGAGCACCACGGCCACGAUGGCCUGGAGGCGGCGCGGCGCUGGGAGGCGCGGAAGGCCGAGAAGGCGCCGAGCGCAGCCCGCCCUGAAAGCAUCCGCACCGAGCAGAGGAGUGUCUAUGCAGCUCGUGCCAGCAAUGGUGUUGUGAGGUACUUCGUCCAACUGAGCUACAGCUCUUUCACCAUCAGGACAGGCCGCACUCUGGUCUUGGCCAAAGCCAUCGAUUGGCACAUUGCGUUGACUCAGACAGUGGCAGCCGCCUCUGCGCGUCUACGGAACGAAACAAGAUCCAACCCGAUGCCCCUGACAACCACGGAGCUGAAAAAACUGCUGCAGUUGGAACCUGAGAUUUCUCUAGCUUUUAGGUCCUCCUUUCAUUCGAAGCUUGGCGCAGUCUAUUCCCCGACGUCACGCGUUUUGGAGAUGGCAGUCAAAAUGCAACAGCGAUUUCGGACAUUUGUGAAGAGGAGCAACUUGAGCAAGGAGACCUUGAAAGCAUUCCAAGUGUCUGCCCUCCAAGAGGUCUCCGCGCAGGAGCGCGAGAGGGUGGGACUUCAGCGACAACUUUUGCGAGCAGUGCACAGCGAACUUCGGUCGCGUGGCUUCGAUCUCCACGAGAUCAAAGCAAUGAAUCUGCCAUUGAACUCCGCGGCUCGAGACCCCAUGCAACUAGAGGUGAAGACUGCUGAUGUGGCCGCGGCAAAGGAUCUGAAGGCGGCUCUUGGCCUUUCUGCUUCUGGAGCAAGGCGUUUGGCUGCGCUGUUGCGGAGUCUGUCCACUGCGGAGCUUCGCAGGCGCUUGAAGAUUCUUCAGAGUCCCACUCCUAUGGAGCUGGGGAGACAAACAGCUGAGAGAGCGCAGCGGAGAUUCCGUCGCCCCGCCUCUGAUCGAUUGGCCUUGGCGGCACCGGACGCGCCGGCGCCGCUGAUGCCGGUUCCGAGCGAGUCGGGUGACCUCUUUGGACUUCCGGCCGAUUCGGGUCGGGGGCCCGUGAAAUGCUUGAACUUGGCAGAUCGGAACAGCUUGAGGGCGAUCUGCCGAGGAGCAAAAAACCUGGUGGAUUUUGAGACCUUUCAUUUGGCCGCUGACUUCACCUACAAAGCCGAACUCUUCGAUGCCAGAGUGAUGUGCACCCGCUCUGGGCGGGUCAUGGGCAACGCUGCGGCGCGGAGCCUGCGGAGCCGGCGCCUGUUGGGCUUCUUGACCCGACAUGCAAAGCUGCUGCAACGGGUGGAUGUGCGACAGGCGCCGAUCGAUGCUUUGGAGUCAAAGGACUUGCGGUUGGCCAUCCCAUGCAUGAAGCACUUGACUGAGAUCAUGCUCCCCACUGCAGGUUGGAGCUCUCAUGCAGACCGUCAGCGCUUGCUCUGGGCCUUUCCUCGCACGGUGACAGUGAAGUGGUCGAACCUUAGCCAGGAGUAUUGGUCACCGAAGAAGGAACGUUUGAAUCGAUUGGAUCGCGAUCGCUUGGAUCUUUCGCUGUCUCAGCUCAGCCAGUCGGAUCUAUCAGAUCCACAUGAGCAUCAUGAGCAACCAGAUGGUAGCCUCGAUACCUUGGUAGCAACAAGGUCCCGAGAAGUCGUGCAGUUCAGUCAGAUGAUUGUGGGAUGGCACCGCCUGAAAAAGAAGGAGAAGGCACUGCUGCAGGGUCUAUUGCGUGAAGCAGCCAUUGCGGGUCGAAUUGAACCAAGGAAGGGUCUGAAAUGGAAGUGGGAAAUUGGUGACCCGCAGCUGAAAGUGGUGAAGGAGCUAUUGACCUCCGCUGGCGUGUCCUUAAUUCGAUCCGUAGCCCUAUGA